UUGGCCACCAACUUAGAAAAAACCUCUGGAACGUCAAUCGCAAAUAUUUUAACAAGCAUUCUCAAUUCAAUAUUUUCUUCGAUAACAUGUGUAGGGAAUUAUAUUGUUUUACGGGCAAUUUUCAAAGCAGCAGAUCUCCAUUCGCCAUCUUUCGUCCUUUUGUCCUGUCUUGCCAUAGCGGACCUUUUUGUCGGACUGAUCUGUCAGCCGUUCUUCGUGGCAUAUAAAGUAGCAGAACAUAUGGAGAAUUUUGGGGCUUAUUGUACAUUAAGAAUGUUUCAAUCCAUAUCGAGUUGGAUCACUUCUGGUGUGUCAUUGCUUACUUUAGCUGCAGUCUCUGUCGAUCGUCUCCUUGCUCUCACUUUGCAUUUACGUUACAAUUUGGUCGUUACUGUUCCUCGCGUAUUAAAAACAGUUCUCGCACUUUGGAUCUUGUCCAUAACGAUUGUUAUGCUACGGUUUUGGGUAAGCACAGGGUGGUUAUUUUUCCCGGUGGUUCUCUUGCUUCUAACAUUUCUCGUCACAACCUUGUGUACCUCUAAGAUAUUUCGGAUCGUCCAAAGACACCAGCGUCAGAUUCACGACCAUGUCCUUGUCAGCAGAGUACCAACUAACUUAACGAACGUACUGAAAUUCAAAAGACUAGCUGUGACUGUGCUUUACGUUUAUGGACUGUUCCUUAUUUUUUAUGCCCCAUUCUGCGUAACGAUGAUCGUGCAAACUUUUACAGGAUAUACGCUUUCAGUGAAGAUUGCCUACGACUACGCCGCAACUGCUGUUUUUAUCAACUCGGCUUUGAAUCCGCUUGUGUACUGUUGGAGAAUCAGAGAAAUACAAAGGGCUGUCAAAAAUGUUUUGCGUAAAGAACCACGGGCAAGCGGCUCAUUUUAUCACUCCGGCUCGAAUAAGUAGGAAGACGCGAAACUAAUCAAAUCUCUCACAUGAUUUAGCCUGGCUCAGUGAUAAGCUAAGUGACUUUGGGAGAAGGGUAAACUAUGUACAUGUCAUUUUAACUUUCAAUAAUUUUGAAGGAGCGUCAACGCCAACGUUUUUCAUGAAAACGUGGCUAGAAAAGAUAUUUAAAGAGUUUUAGAAACAGUUCUUCAUUUAUACUAUAUGCUAUGCCUUUGCCCUGUGCACAAAAGUUUAAAAGAUCUCAGCGAAACUAGAAAAGCUCAAAUUAAAGUUAAUUCCAUCUUUAACUGUUCUUUGGCCAGUAGAAAUAUCCCAACUAAACUCUAUUUCACGUUCUUUGAUCAAUCCCUGCAAAAGUCUUCUUGACUGUAACGUUUUCAAUUUGUUCUUUAUUAAUCAAUCCAUGCCGCGCCUAGACAUAAAUUAUGCAUAAGCCGUUUCUUGAUCUUUCUUGCCAUAUUCGUGAAACAGAAACGCGUACACUAAAGUGCUUAAAAAGCCGAUGUUUCGGCUUCAUCGUAAUGCACUUAUCAGCAGCCAUCCCGGGGGGUGACCCCGGAGAGCCGCCCGGGCAUUUGCACAACGACGUUUACAAAUCCCCUCUAUCCAAAACCAAGAUUGUUUAACAAAAAUGCUUCUAACGCCCCUCCAGGGGGUAAAGAAACGUAAAAAAAAAAAACGGUGGAGGCACGAUUGGACUGGUCACCAUAACGGGUCACCGUACUAUCCAGGGCAUUUUCUAAGACCUCUCUGGUAUAUACAAAGGAUUAAGAAAGAAAAGGAUAAGGGACUUUCACACUUAAUUGAAAUAGCUAAGGUUUAUAGCGCCUUGAUACAUGUAAGACAAGUUAUUAAAACUUUGAUCAUGGUGACACGAUUGUUCGCUGAAAGAAACUUAUAAUAUCUUAAUUGAAUUAAUGUACGGUGACCCGUGUACACGUCGAGUAUAACGCUUUUUUUUGAGGUUUUAAGUAUAGGUACUGUCCUCGUUUGAUAUGAUUCAUGUUUUGGAGCUCAAGUCCCACAUUUAUGGCACAGUAGUUUGUUUUAGAGAUCUUCAGGAAAGUGUAUAUUUGGGGUAAAGAAUGAGAACCGAUGUCACCAUUUGGCGCAAGGCCAAAUUAACAUAUGUUGUAAACAAGUUAUAAAAAGUUGUCGAUUUCACAGCAGUAGCCUGGAAUAUCAUUAAGAAACUUUUUGGCGUCGGACCAAACAGUUACACUAUUGUUGGACACCCUUUUUACGCGCUUGUAGUCCUGAAUAGUAUCUUUAGAAAUUUAGAAAGCGGGAUACUGUUCUCGCUGAUACGUUUUGGGAAUAAUCCUGGCUUGUUGCAUUUUCCUCCAAACUGGAGAAAAAGUUUCCCCCUUUCUCUUGACAUCGCUUAAUCGCUCUUUCGGCUGUCUUUCGCCUCUUGCCGUUAAGUUAGAAAGGCGUCCCUUUGAGCCUUGUUCCUAUACUCUUUCUUGGCAAAGAGACCUUCUUUAUUAUUUUCCACACAUUUUGUCCAGAAAUGUGGUACGAAAAGCCCGAAUCUUACGUAGAUAGUAUGCACGUGCUAUGUUGUCACGCUAUCAAUCGGCCACUAGAAAGCUAUUUGUGUACGGUUUACUGCACACUCGGUUCCCUUUAUUUUCCAAUACGCUACUCUGCCCAAGAAAUUUCUGCGAACUGGUCAUUCUUUGUGUUAUGUUGUUAUGCCCAAAUAACUUAGUUCACUGCUAUAGAAACGUUCGCGAAACACAAUGGACGCCCAACAAACCAAAAACCCGUCGCUUGUGACCGACCUACAGAUUAACCUCUGUAUCUGUCAACGCGCCUUCAAAUUCCUCCCCGACACAGUCUCAGACAAAAAUAGUUGGGACACUUUAGCCAAACGCUGUUUUUUCCCUUCUCGCACUCACCUCGUCCCUCUCAAAGUUGUUUAUCGCGGUUCGGUCACCAAAUCUUGUACACCAACAUUGAGGGGACAAGGAGACCCCAAAGUGUCCCAACCAUUUUGACUGAGACUGUAGCUAGAAAGUGCGUUAGUAAACAUUGGUUUCCCUGUGGUGCGGAAGGACGCUCGGUGUACGGUCACGUCAUUACCAAAUUUUCUGGGAUGGGUAGAUUUACUUAGCUAUGGGGCUCUUCCACGCGCGGCGCUUCGCGCCACGCGUGGAGCUGCACUAUUAAGUAUCUUUAACUAGGUGUCUUUUCAGACUUUACUUAUUUGGGUUUUGGUUGAGGAAAGCGUCACAACAAACGGGGGUUUCAUCAAUGGCUUUUUUUGUAGUUCAUGCAGGCUUUUACAGCAGAGUGAGGAGAAAACUAAAGCGUUUCUAACCUCACUUACUAGCUUUCAGGAAUUGCAUCUCAUGUGAGUUUGAGUUACUCCAUUUUUUGCCUCGUUUAACGAGCAUAAUUAUUUUAAUUUUCUUACGGUUACUCGUACGAUAAAUUUGAGACGAUGUAUGGCCCCGGAUUUAAAAUACACAAGCUUUUUAAAAACAGGGAGAAGUUUUUUUGAAAACUUAGUUGUCUGGUUGUAAAAAAAAGGCUUUAUGUGGGGUAUGUUCUUCUAGUAUUCGCCUUCCAAAUGCAAACAAAGAAAAAACAAGGUUUUAAAAUAGAUUUUAAUUUCCGCUACACUUCAGUCACACUGCUUUCUCCAUUUAAUGAAAAGUGCUUUUGCUUUUGCUUCAAGACAUUUUUGAUGUUUUGAUUGUCAGUCAAGAAUUUUGCAUUUUGCUAUUUGGCUUUUGUUUCUUCUGGUUUCUUUAAUUUCGACUGGAGUGUUCGUCAAAAUGCCCCGUGAAUGAAUCAGAAUUGCUUUGUGGUUACAUGGCUUAUGACUUACGUCUGUUUACACUUUCUUUAUCCUCACCGAAAAAAAACAUACAUAAAAAAGUUGUCGAAUAUUCUACUGACAGACCCUCAACUCACCUGAGGCGGAAAUUUAACUGAUUUCAACUUUCUGCGCUCAAUUUCAACUUUUUGCACAUGCAAAAAAAUUAAACUCUCUGCUGCUCUCUGCCAAUGAGCGUGCUGAAAGUUUUGCAACUUGCCGUCACUUUGAUCUGAAGUCCAUAAUUUGAUCCCAGUCUACCGCAUCACACCUUUUUGCUCGGAAGCGCUUCUUUCAUCGCCCAACCUUGUCCUCCCUGCUUGCUCGUUGGCACUUGUCGAUAACUAUAACUAGUUAUUUACACACUUUGUAGUCUCAUUUAUUGCUUUCUCCCAAUUAUUUUUAGUACUUAAUAUAUUGCUAUGCCUACAGCUCACGAUAAAUGUUGUCUCAUACAUUAACAUUGUAAAAAUUAAUGUAUUCUGUGUUUUCUAUUUGUACGAAAAGUUCUUGCUAGUAACAAUGUUGGUGAAAGAAGACAAUUUCAAAGUGGUGGAGUACGUAACGCUUCGAGUCAUCACGAAUGCGAAAUUUGUACAGCUCUAGUUUAAGGGGGUUAUUCAACAGUUGUAUAUGCAAAUUUACAGCGCAAAAAAUUAACGAGCAAAAUUUCAAAAUAUUUUCUCAGAGAGAAGCGGGGGGUCAGCAGCAAGACCAUUAAAUCACAGAGUAUCAUAAAUUACAUGGGCGCGCCCAGUGGCUAACCGACAACUAAAGGGGAAUUUGAUAGGCCUCCUGUAUAAAUACAGCUGUUAAUACGGAGACCUAUUACGCCAUUAUUGUCAGUGUUUAUGAGUAGUAAGAUGUCCUCGAGAACCUACCUAGGCAUGUUGAACAUCAUGCACAGGAACGAAAGAAAAAUAGAAACUUAGAAAGUAGAGCUCUCAGAAUGAUAAUUGUUGAUAAAACUGUAUGAUUAAAUGUCUGAAUAAGACAAAGUUUUCUUUUAGAUAAUUAACCGAAAUGAAUGCUUCGAGUGAUUAUAAAAAUGCUAAUCAUAACUAUAACAAAAUUCUCCAAUCUGAUUGGCUAUCAACUGCCCUCUGAUUUUAGUCUUAGUUGCACAAUUUCAUAGGACAGUGCGCGCCAUCACGCGCGCUCUUAAAUGGCUUUUUUAACUACUAGCAAAAAAAUUGGAAUUUCUGUUUUGAUUUCAAAAAGGGCCUCAUAUCACAAAUUUUGUUAAAGUUAUGAUUAACUGGUAACAGAACUUCGUGUCGUCCAAUUCAGUCUGUAAGUCAUACUCGUGAUUAAACAAAUCGGACUCCCGCUACGUGGUCGUCCGGUUUUGUUAAUCACUCGUAUGAUUACAGACCGAAUUGGACUCCACUCAGUCCUGUUACCAUUACAAAUAGGAAACUAAGUUAUAUUUUUUGCGCCUUCAUUGAAUUCAAAUGUCAAUUGAAUGGCGGACUUUAGACUUUAGACUUUAGACUUUAAAUGAUUGGCUGUCAAAAGACCCAAUUUGCUAUAUUGCUUUACAAAGUAUCAAUGAAUAAAACAUUAUUUUACAUCGCAGAAAAAUAAUCGAUCCGGUCAUGAAAAAGUGUUCACGAGAUAAAUCGAGACUUUUCAAGUUUUGCAAGUGAUGAACACCACAGUAACAACUCAGUGCUUCUUUUUGGCCACCAACUUAGAAAAAACCUCUGGAACGUCAAUCGCAAAUAUUUUAACAAGCAUUCUCAAUUCAAUAUUUUCUUUGAUAACAUGUGUAGGGAAUUAUAUUGUUUUGCGGGCAAUCUUCAAAGCAGCAGAUCUCCAUUCGCCAUCUUUCGUCCUUUUGUCCUGUCUUGCCAUAGCGGACUUUUUUGUUGGACUGAUCUGUCAGCCGUUCUUCGUGGCAUAUAAAGUAGCAGAACACAUGGAGAACUUUGGGGCGUAUUGUACAUUAAGAAUGUUUCAAUCCAUAUCGAGUUGGAUCACUUCUGGUGUGUCAUUGCUUACUUUAGCUGCAGUCUCCGUCGAUCGUCUCCUUGCUCUCACUUUGCAUUUACGUUACAAUUUGGUCGUUACUGUUCCUCGCGUAUUAAAAACAGUUCUCGCACUUUGGAUCUUGUCCAUAACGAUUGUUAUGCUACGGUUUUGGGUAAGCACAGGGUGGUUAUUUUUCCCGGUGGUUCUCUUGCUUCUAACAUUUCUCGUCACAACCUUGUGUACCUCUAAGAUAUUUCGGAUCGUCCAAAGACACCAGCGUCAGAUUCACGACCAUGUCCUUGUCAAUAGAGUACCAACUAACUUAAGGAACGUACUGAAAUUCAAAAGACUAGCUGUGACUGUUCUUUACGUUUAUGGACUGUUCCUUAUUUUUUAUGCCCCAUUCUGCUUAACGAUGAUCGUGGAAACUUUUAUUGGAUAUACGCUUUCAGUGAAGAUUGCCUACGACUACGCCGCAACUGCUGUUUUUAUCAACUCGGCUUUGAAUCCGCUUGUGUACUGUUGGAGAAUCAGAGAAAUACAAAGGGCUGUCAAAAAUGUUGUGCGUAAAGAACCACGG